CGUUACUUUGCACACCCUGCCCUUCUUCAAGGAUCCCUUAACCUUGUCUUUCCUUUCCACGGUACAGAUCAUAUACAACAGACAGAUGUAGAUGGGCCGGGACCGAAAAACUUCAAUGCUGAUGGCUUGCUAGCUAGCUAAGUGGGCAUCAUCUACCAGUAACUCAUAUACGGAGUAUUGCUUCUUCAGACAGACAGACAGAUAGGCGGACAUGAUUUCUUGGCCGAUAACUACCUAGUCAACUUCGACUUCCUUCUUUUGACGUUUUACUAGCUCAAGACUUACCCCCCUUGUCUGCUUUGGUUACAGCUCUUUGGUCCCUUCUUCUGUCGACGGCCACAAAACUAGGAGACUAGCAGAUUAGCAGAUUAGCAGAUUAGCAAACUGGCUAAAAAUCUUCUCCAUCCAUAACGAUAUACCGAGCCGUUACCAGCACAUGCAAUUAUCCUUUCACUCUGCUACAUUUCAAGUGUACUUCCGACUUGCUUGUUGCAAUUCCUAUGGUUGCAAUACUUACCGCAAUCAAACAAACAAAGCAAGCAAACUCAGCAAACUUUAUCGAAUCCAUACGACUAUCUGAAAUAGAAACCGCCCUAAAAGUACUUAUCACCAAUACCAUAGGUCACUCUCAAAUAUCAUCAAACAUACUCUCAGCUUUCUCGCUUGGAAACCCACUUCAUACCCACAGCAGCCUCAUUAUACGUUCAACAUCAUUCAUCCGAAUCAACUUAUACUUUUCCCCUUCACAAAAAAAUAUCUCAUAUAUACUUCUCAAACAAACCAUCUACUUUGCUGGCUAUAGUUUCAUCCAUUCGAUUCAUCCUUUGAACGCUACACUCGGAGGAAAACGCCAAUCCGAGAACACAAGAGAAAACUCGAUCGAUCUCAUCUUGCAUCUAUCAGAGUACCCUUGA